AAGGAGCGGAAGAGCGUUGCUGGCAGGUGGAGGAAAUAUUUGACCAUUCGUAAAGGGGGGAGAAAUGGAGGAGAAUAAAACAGCCUUGGCUGAGAGCCUUACAGUAUGGCUGCAGACCUUCAACACGCCUGCACCCUGCAGAACAGUGGAGGAGCUGACCACUGGAGUGGCGAUGUCGCAGGCACUGAAUCAAAUAGACCCAGCAUGGUUCAGUGACGGGUGGCUCAGCCGUAUCAAAACAGAUGUGGGUGACAACUGGAGACUGAAGAUGAACAACCUGAAGAAGAUCCUUCAGAUGAUGGUGGAUUAUUAUAAUGAGGUCUUAGCCCAGCAGAUCUCAGACUUCCCCCUGCCAGAUCUGGCCCUGGUGGCAGAGCAUUCAGACCCCGUGGAGCUGGGGAGGCUGCUGCAGCUCAUACUGGGCUGCGCUGUCAAAUGUGAACGCAAACAAGAAUACAUUCAGAUCAUCAUGACCUUGGAGGAGUCAGUGCAGCAUGUUGUGAUGACAGCCAUCCAGGAGCUCAUGAGUAAGGAGACCAUGGCCCACUUUGGAGCAGAGCCGUCCGGCGACCUGGAGCAACAGCUGAAAAAGGCCUUGGUGGAUCUCACUGAGCUCUUGGCAGAGAAAGAGGAGCUGGCCCAGCGGUGUCAAGAGCUGGAUAUACAGGUGACCGUCCUUCAAGAGGAGCGGAACAGCUUGUUGGCUGAGAACGAUGUCCUAACAGACCGUGCCAAUCAGCUGGACUCGUUUGACGACCCCAGCACACCCUCAGGAAGGAAACACAGCCAGUUACAGCAGCAGCUAGAGACACUGCAGGAGGAGAAUUUCAGGCUGGAGGCUGCUAAGGACGAUUACCGUAUCCACUGUGAAGAGUUGGAGAAGCAGCUGAUUGAGGUUCAGCACCGGAACGACGAGCUGACCAGCCUGGCAGAAGAAUCCCGAGCACUGAAAGACGAACUGGACAUUCUCAGGAGCUGCUCAGAUCGGGCAGUGAAGCUGGAGGCCUCAGUUGAAACAUACAAACGUAAGCUGGAGGACCUGGGCGACCUGAGGAGGCAGGUGAAACUGCUGGAGGAGAAAAACAUGACCUACAUGCACAACACUGUUAGUCUGGAAGAGGAACUGCGCAAGGCCAAUGCUGCACGUGCACAGCUGGAGACAUACAAGAGACAGGUCCAGGAGCUACACAGGAAGCUGUCUGAGGAGACGAGGCGCGCUGACAACCUGGCCUUUGAGAUGAAGAAGUUUGAGGAGAAGCACGAAGCCAUGAUGAAGGAGAGAGAGAGGAUCAUCAUGGAGAGAGACACUCUGAAAGAGACCAAUGAAGAGUUACGAUGCACACAGGCUCAGCAGAGCCACCUCUACCAAGCAGGGAUGCUUCCUUCUGGCAGCCCCAGCCAUGAUAACCUGGCAGCUGAGUUAAUACCUAUCGAGUACAGAGAAAAGUUCAUCAGGCUACAGCAUGAGAAUAAGAUGUUGCGAGUGCAGCAGGAGGACUGUGAGAGAGAGAAAAUUGCUGACCUGCAGGUGCAGCUUGAGGAGGCACACAGGACACACAGUGAACUGGACACUGAAAACAGACUGAGCCGAGAGCGGAUUAGUGAGCUGCAGCAGCAGGUGGAAGACCUCCAGAAGGCUCUUCAGAGCCAGGCAGCCAAGCCUGAUGAUUCAAAUCUGAAGCGGAAACUUGAUGCGCACAUGGUCCAGCUGAAUGAGGCUCAGGAUGAAAUCAUGAAGAAGAAAGAGCUGCUGGAGGACCUUCAGCCUGACAACACUCAGACCUCCCUGAAGCUCGAGGAGCUGAUGGCUGCUCUGAAAAAGAAGGACGAUGACAUGAGGGCCAUGGAGGAGAGGUACAAAAUGUACCUGGAGAAGGCUCGCAACGUGAUCCGAGCCCUGGACCCCAAGCUGAACCCAGCCACCGCUGAGAUCCAGGCCCUGAAGAACCAGCUGUCAGACCGGGACAAACGCAUUCUCAGCCUGGAACGUGAAUGUGAGCAGGCCAAGCUGAGAGAGUAUGAGGAGAAGCUGAUUGUUACAGCAUGGUAUAACAAGAGCUUGAACUUUCAGAAGUUGGCCAUUGAAUCUCGUCUCGGAGGUCGCGCCUCCUCCCUGGUUCCCCCUGGCCAGUCCUUUCUGGCGCAGCAGCGACAAGUCACAAACGCCACACGCCGGGCACUUUCCAUCAGCAUGCCUGCCACCACCACCAAGUAGUCCACCACCGCCACUCCAGACUCCAAAGAACACAGAGUUGACCGUCUCACCUUCUUCAGUAGGGGAAAAUUGUAAAAUCUAACCCAAGAAAAGGUAACCGUAGUCCCUUCAUUGCCUCCCAUAAAGAAGCACUCAAGUGACCUUAAACGCAUCAGCUCUCAGCACUUGUUUAGGGGUCAAGGAUGAGCUGACCUGGAUCAACGAGCACUUAUCAGAUACAUGCUAUCAGUCACCCUCUGGAGUUUAUAGCAUACUGUCCUGCAAUACAUCGGCUGUAGGCUGACUUUACAUUGAGCAGUAACCCACAACCUGUGUUCACCUCACUAGCUAAAGCAGCACUCAAUGUCCUGACAAUCAAUAUACAGUUUAUGUUAUUUUAUAUUUGAGCUCCCUGUGUUAGCUUAGCCUGCUGCACACUAGGUUGAAUACUCUAUAAUCAGUUUGCCUUGGUUCUCUUAUUUCCUGUCAUGCUGUAUCCGUGGUCAGGAAUGAGGGAAAUGUACAUGAAUGCUUAACAAUAUUCUUCAAAAUCGGAGCCUACAAUGUGAAUGUUAAAAAAGGGUUACUUGAACGCUAAUGCCAGUGAAAUAUCACUUCGGACGGUUUUUAAUGUAUGUACAAUCAUCACACUAUGCAGCGAAGGGGAUGCCAGCAUUGUCAUCCAGCAGACUAAGGAAUGACACACACACUUUGGACGCUUUCCCCCCAAAUAAAUGCUAAUAGGCUAUGGGACAGCUGUAUUUGGUGCUGGCCACCAGUGGCUGUUCAGCAACAAAAAUCAGUGCAUUACAAUUUAUUUGUUUUUGUUUUUUACUAAAAUGGAGCAAGCCCAUCCUACGAAGCUGUGAAUAUGCUGAAGAAGUCAUAUUAACUAACAAACCUCUGGGGUGCUGCAACAGCAAAUGUUAAAUCAAAUAACAAAUUCAGGACUAGGACUAUUUUAUCAUUUAUAUUCAACAUGCUAGACUGUGAUUUGACUUGUCUACUGGCGCCAUGCUAAAAUGAAAACUUUUAGACCUUUGUAUUUUCUGAAUAUUUGAACCUUAGUGAGCAAUCAACAGGAUAAUCUAAGAAGCUGUUACAGCUUGACUAUAAAUGUGAUUUUAACACCAGCUUUCAAAAUUUAAGAACCAGGUUAAAGCAUCCACUGAGUAAAAAUGAUAAUUUUGUCAUUUUAAUAACUUGAUAUUAGAUAAUCAUGGAUGUUUUUUUUUUGUUGUUGUUGUUUUUUUAAGGCUAUAGUUAAUCUUUGCUCUCAGUUAUAAUCUGACAAACAUAUUCACGGUGCUGAAUGUAAUCAGUAUAGAUUGUCUGCUCAUAUUGUACUUGGGGCAUGAAGCAGCCAAGCAUCCUACCUUAUUGUCUAGUGCAACUUCAGAGUGGAGAGUGCUUUAGAAAAGCAGUCCUUUCAAAACUGUAAGUAAUUGGCCAUCAAACUGUAUGGUGAGUAAGUUAAAGUACUGUAGCUGCAGAAGAUGAAAUGGCUUAUGAUUGCUUUGCCAUUUUGUAUGUUUGCAACAACACUGGAAAGGUAGUCUGUUGUGACAGUUUUGCCAUUUUGUUAUCUAUUGAUCAUAUUAAGGCUCUUGUAUUUUUCUUUGCAGUGGAUGAUUCUUGUAACUCGCUGACUUAUGAGCAGUGCUGUUUAUAUAAGUAAGAAGUAUGAUCAAACGCAGCACAGCUAAGAACUUACAUGUUUAAUGUUUAUGUAUAAGUGAAGAAUGAAUUAUAAAAAAAAAUGAAGUUAAGCAGUUUGAAUUUUAAAGCUUUUGGUUUUCUUGUGAAAAAUAAAGAAAUACAUUCCUUUUUCAGAGA